AUGCCGUAUCGAAUGGUAUUCAAUGUCGACGGGGGCUGCCGCUGGAACGGGCAGCCCAACGCCAUUGGCGCCGCGGCCGCCUGCCUUUACUACGGCCGCAAUGACGACUACUGGUCCCGAUCAGAAAUACUCCCCGAUUCUCCCACUCCCACCAGCUCACGGGCGGAACUCAUGGCAAUCAACCUGGCGUUGGAGUGGGCCCUGGAGAGAUGCGAAGAACUGCAUUCAGAUCCGUAUUGUAUAAUCGAGAUAUACUCGGACUCCCAGUUUGCCGUCGACUGUAUGACGUACUGGCGGGAUAUAUGGCCCGAUAAUGGUUGGCUGAACGGUCGCGGCUGCGAGGUUGCUAAGAAAGACCUCCUCGAAAAGGCAUUUGCAAAGCACCACCAGAUAUUGGACGAGUUUGGCGAGGUGAAUUACUACUGGAUCCCACGAGAGGAGAACGACGAUGCCGAUUGGGAAUGCAAUGAGGCCUUGGACGAGAAGGAAGACGAGAUGUUCGGAGUGAGCGAGACGCCAGGGGAGACAGGCGGCUACUAUGAGAUUUCUUCAGACUCGGAGUACUAUUCGAGUGACGACGACUAUUACUACCAAAGCUCAUCCGAUGAAGCAUGGUAG